CAACCGUACACACACACACGCUCACACGCUGACUAUCACCCCACUACAGACCGACCCGACCGACCGACCGCUGCUAUGGAGAGACUCCGCGCUCUCGUCCCGCUGCUGCUGCUGAUCACCGUUACCUGCCUCUCGCCGCCGCCCGCUGACGGGGAAGUGUUUACUGGAUUGUGUGAAAAGGGGAGUUUCCGCUGUGGCAACGGACGGUGCAUUAAAGACCACUGGCUGUGUGAUGGCCAGUCAGAAUGUGAGGAUGGUUCCGACGAGUCCGUGGAGACUUGCAAAAAUAAAACGUGCAGUUCUACAGAGUUCAACUGCGGUGGGCGUAUUAACAAGUGCAUCCCCAAAACCUGGGUCUGUGAUUCGCAGAAGGAUUGUGAAAGUGGCAUUGAUGAGCAGAACUGCCCAGAGAAAACCUGCACUACCGACGAGUUCCGGUGCAAUGACGGAAACUGCGUCUCGUUGACCUUUGUGUGCGAUGAGGAACCGGACUGUCAGGAUGGCAGCGAUGAGGUAAACUGCCCCGUCCCGACCUGCAGCCCCGAAUACUUCCAGUGCAACAGCAGUAUGUGUAUCCCGCGCCUCUGGGCCUGCGACGACGACGCAGACUGUCCCGAUGGAUCGGACGAGUGGCCUCAGAACUGCGGCGGCCGACAGCCCACUAAGCCAGUCAACCCCUGCACCGGCCUGGAGUUUCGCUGCAGGAGCGGAGACUGCAUACACAUGAACUGGCGGUGUGACGGCAACGAGGACUGCAGGGACAAGUCGGACGAGGAGAACUGCGUGGUUACCACCUGCCGACCUGAUGAAUUUCAGUGCAAUGAUGGGACGUGCAUUCCCGGAAGCCAACAGUGUGACAAAGAGUACGACUGCCAUGAUCUGAGCGAUGAGGAAGGCUGCAUGAAUGUGACGAAAUGUGAAGGUCCAAACAAGUUCAAGUGCAAGAGUGGAGAGUGCAUCCAUAUGGACAAAGUGUGUAACCAGCAGAGGGACUGCAGAGACUGGACCGACGAGCCACUGAAGGAAUGUGGUCAGAAUGAGUGUGUGAAUGGGAACGGUGGCUGCUCGCACAUCUGCAAAGACCUGAAGAUUGGGUACUCGUGCCUCUGCAGGCCUGGCUACAGACUGGUUAAUAAAAGCAAAUGUGAAGAUGUCGAUGAGUGUGAGAACAUGGACAAGUGCAGCCAGAUCUGCAUCAACCUGGAGGGUGGCUACAAGUGCGAGUGUAACGAGGGCUAUCAAAUGGACCCAGUCACUAAGCAGUGCAAAGCGAUCGGUACAGUCGCCUACUUGUUUUUCACCAACCGGCACGAGGUACGCAGACUGACGCUGGACAGGAGAGAGUACACCCAGCUCAUCCCCAGCCUGAAGAAUGUGGUGGCCUUGGACAUGGAAGUGGCUGAGAACAAGAUUUACUGGGCUGAUCUCUCGCAAAAGAAGAUCUAUAGUGUUCUGAUGGACAAGGCCAACAAUUCCUCCCAUCACGCGACGGUGAUCGGGACAGAAAUCCAGGCACCGGACGGCCUGGCCGUGGACUGGAUUCACGGGAACAUCUACUGGACGGAUUCCGCCAUCAGCACCAUUUCUGUGGCCAACACCGCAGGUUCCAAGAGGAAAACUCUCUUCAGGCAGGAACUUUCGAAGCCCAGGGCCAUUGUGGUGGAUCCAGUUCAUGGGUUUCUGUACUGGACUGACUGGGGCAGCCCGGCCAAGAUUGAGAAAGGGGGUCUGAAUGGUGUUGACCGUAUGACUCUGGUCAUUGACGGCAUUGAAUGGCCAAAUGGCAUCACUCUCGAUAUGCUGAAUCAGCGGCUGUAUUGGGUGGAUUCCAAGCUGCACACCUUGUCUAGUAUCGGAGUUGACGGCAGUAACAGGAAAACACUAAUCACCUCGGAGGAGAAGCUGGCACAUCCCUUCUCGGUCACUGUGUUUGAGGAUAAGGUUUUCUGGACGGACUUGGACGAUAAUGCUAUAUUCAGUGCCAACAGAUUGACUGGGGAGAAUAUUCUAACUGUGAUCGAGGACCUGGAAGGUCCAGAGGACAUUGUCCUUUACCAUCACCUCAAACAGCCUGAAGGUACCAAUUGGUGUGAGAAGAGCCAGCUCCCCAAUGGAGGUUGUGAGCAUCUGUGUCUUCCAGCUCCUCAAAUCAAUGGCCACUCACCAAAGUACACUUGCGUUUGUCCUGAUGGGCAGCACCUGGGACCAGACAUGAGGCAGUGCUUUCCAGGCGGCGACCAGCGGAAGGUACCUGUAGUCCGGACAACCCCAAGAGCGAUCCCUAACCCAGCUAGACCUGCCAUCACCAAGGCUCCGUCAGCCAGCACCAAGCUUCCCUUCGUCACCACCGCCACCAGGAAGGUGACACAGUCCAAGGCCGUGUUUCCCACCGUGCACGAAAUGAACACAGUUUCACAGCAAGCCCAGAACAAUAUCGCGGCUGAAGCCACCGAACAAGGCCACAAACGAGCCAACGCUUUAUGGAUCGUUUUGCCUUUGGUGCUGCUGAGUCUGCUGUCAGCCGCUGUUUACUUUGUCUGGAAAAAUUGGAAAUUGAAGAACACAAACAGCAUCAACUUCGAUAACCCCGUUUACCAGAAAACCACCGAGGAUGAUGAAAUCCACAUCGGCAGGAAUCAAGUGGGCUACACCUACCCCACGAGAGCAGUGGUGAGCCUGGAGGACGAUGCUGCAUGAUGGACUAAGUGCCUAACACCCACACACCCUCAUGCCCUAGCAAAGCUGCUUUCUGAACAGAAUAUGGAGGCCAACCUGCUGUUGCACCGCCAGGUUAUCCUGCCUCAAAACUCCAACUCCUUUUCUUUCAACUGCUAGAACAUGGCGCGGAACACAGAGGGUGAUCUUCUUUCUGUUCGUUCGUAGACUUACACUGGAAAAUGUGCUGUUACAGUAACAAUUGGGAGAGAUUUUCAGACAAAAGGUCUUUUCUCCUCUCCCCCCCCCCCCCCCAUAUACACGUACUGAUCGAUCUCUGAAAUGAAGUCUGGACCGGAAGAGGAAUCUGGUGACUGAGCGAGGGAUCAGCAAUGCCAUGAAGUUAGCGACUCGAUUGUACAAGUAUAUGUUCUUCUGAAGGAUGUUGUGUAUAUUUUGUAAAUUGCAUGUUUCAUUUUGUACAGUUGUGGAGUAAGGAUUGGGGGAGAGAGGGGGAGACCUGGAGUCAGCGUCCAGUGACGUCUUGCCCAAUUUUAUCCCCUCAAACUGGAAUUGAGUCAUACAAUCAGUGCAUGUUGCAGCGGGUGAGAAGCUCAGUCAGAGUAUUGAGUCUGUGCUGGCUCUCUGUGUCUAGUUUGUGCUAGAAAUAUUCCCUUAUUCCCCCUCAAAAAAAACAAAGUGGUGGGGGGGGAGUAUAGAAUACACAAGUCCUGUCGUGCAUUGGUUAGAGCACUCACAAUGCAAGACCUGGGUCCUGGGUUUGACUGCUGACCGGACAGAGCGAAAUGUAAUAAAUAAAUAACUCCUUGUGUUUGGUACAGCGCCUUAUCACGUCUUCAAGACGUCUCAAAGUGCUUCACAGGAUGUAGCAAGUUUCCUUACUCCACACGCACGCCUGUUUACCGGGACAGUUGGGAGACAUUAUUUCCACUGCUCAGUGACUAUUUAUACGGCAACUAUUUAAAAUAAAAUAAAAUAAUGAGCAAAUGGGGCGGUUGGAGCAGGAGCCGGCACAGACACGAUGGACUAAGUGGCCUUCUGCGCUGUCAAAUUUCUGUGGUUCUCACCCGAUAUAUUUGUCCAGAUCCUGUUGUUUUUUUUUCACAAGUUGUUGUGGAUUUUGGCUCCACAACGACGGAUCAAGGGCUUUGAAAACGCAGUAUUGGCAAUUAAUUCUAUUAACCCCGAGUGUGAGGGGAGUGCACCUUUGUUUAAAUUUAAACGGACAUUUCUCCUGCCUGAGUUUUAAUUUGAUGAAGACAUUGAAUUGACUCCUGAGGGUGGGUUUGAGUGAUUUCCCCACAUUCCUCCCCCACCCCCACCCCCAGCCAAGCCUGAGCCCAGCUCACACUCCAGGUUGUAAAUACGUACCAAUGUUUUUGUUGUGCAAAAGAAAUGUUUAAUAAUUGUGAUGUUGGUCAGUAUAUGUAUGUUUUAAAUGUAUUGAAUUAUUUAUUCUGUGGACGGGUGGGGUGGGGCGACCAUCAGUUACUGUCCUGGCUCAGACGUAGUAAAGUCCAUGUAAAGCUCUUAACUGAGGCACAGUACAAGACUAUUUUUUCGUUAAGCGGUUCAAGAGUUCAGGCCUCCCACAGUGAAAUGGCUUCCUUUCUUUCUGGUUCAAUGUUUACAGUUGCUGUUGUAAAUGGACAUUAUAAUUCUUUUUUUCUACUACGUCAUUUCUCUUUCUAACUUGUUGAAUUUACACUUUUUUUAAAAACAAAAAAAAAUUUAUUUAUAUAAAAAAAAUCACAGAAAAAAGAAAAAGUGUUUUUUCAAACGCAAGCCAAACACAAACACGAUGGGGGGAGGGGGGAGAGAGGGCAACGGAGUAAGGACCAAUGUGGCCCCAUCCACUCAAACCUGUGGCUGUGACUCACAUUGUGAACGUGGAGUUGGUCACCUCUCUCUCUCUUGGGGUCUAACGUAGAGGGUACGUGUCUCACGGACCUGUGUCUUAAUCACAUUCAAUGCCUUUGUAUAUCUCCGAUUCAAUCACUGUGCACUUAAAUUGUUUUUUCUGACGCCAAAUCUAUGAGUGAGUUUUGGAAGGCUCACUAGUUUGGCUGCUGGAGUGUUUACAAUCCCUGCCUCCAGUCAGCGCUCAUCCCGUUUUCCCAAUGUGGGAGCGAGUGGAGUUUCCAAACCACAGAAGGAGUUAACAACUGUUUAUAUGUGAGCGAUUUUACUGUAGGAUCUUUGUACUCCACGUUAAUGUCUUAUUACCUCUGUUGCCAAGUUACUGCACCCUCUUUCAUCCCCACCCCUUUUUUUUAUAUAACUUUACAAAGCAAUCAGCUGUAACUGUGACUGUUUGUACGUAACUAACUUCCCCUCCUGCCAAAACUCUGAGCAGAGUUGCGGGGGGGAGAGGAGGAGGAGGGGGCGCGGAGAAAAUCUGUUCAUCUGGCCCGAUUUUCUAUUGUCAACUUUACAAUGCAAUCAAGGUGAAUAAAGAGAUUGGAAAUCAAA